AUGGCGGACUCUCUUCUCCCCUCCAUCGCCACCUUUCAUACCACCAAGAUUAUCAUCACAAAUCCCACUAAAUUUUCCUUCAUUGGAUCGAUCCCUAAUACCAUGCUUGCCUGUGUGUCUGAAGCAAGAAAUGUUCUUCAACAAUACAGGAAACUUCCUUCUUCUGGUCCAAGGGAACUCACACCAGCCAUGGUUCGCUCCAUUGAAGAGGCUGAUAAGCCAGCAAAGAGGGGAAAGAGAAUCGAAACUCAAAAGGAGGGGAAUGUCACUAAACCAACCAAGGGUCAAACCCCCAAGAAGCGAAAAUCAGACAAGGGUGCUCCUUCACAGCCUAAGAAGAAGCAACAGAAGAAGCCCGCUCGGAGACUCAUACUCCAAUCUUCAAGCGAUUUAGACUCAGAGUAUGUUCCUCCCAAAAACAAAUCUACUGCUCCUUCAAAAUCUGACAGCGAAAGUUCUGAUGAGGAGGCUUUGGGUCGUGGUGAUACCCCGCCUCGCUCACCUACCCCAGAAAUGCUUGUUCACUCCCGACCCCCUUCACCUCCACUCGUUUCUGUACCAAUCUCCAUCCCUCCAGUUUUUCCCAUCUCUACCUCUCAACCAUCAACCUCAAUUCCCAUUCCUGAUCCAAUCUUCACGGAAACUACCACUACCACGACCACUAAGAGGGUUCAUUCUUUAGCACCCAAACCACCAUUUACAACCGAACCACCAGUUACAACCGAACCUCCCGUCACUACAAAACCCUUGUCACCUACCCAAUCCACUGACUCCACUCCAGUUCUUGGCGGUGAGGACUUGGAAUUUGAUUCCACUUAUUUUAGUCCUUACCGUGUACAAAGUGAUGAAGACAAAGAGGCUCCUAUAACCAAGCGCCAUCUCAAAGCAAUCACUGACAAACUUGAUCAGUUGCUUUCCUCCUCUUCAACCGGUGCUUAUUCUGACGCUGCUUUAAAGGAUUUGUUCUCCACUGUUGUCCAAGAACACAAUGCCUCCCUUACUGCUGCAGCUAAGGCUAUAGACGCCUCCACUUCCCAAUGCCAGAAGGCCUCCCUUGCUGUUGAGGCUUCCACAAAGGAGUGUAAAGAAGCGACCGAAAAAGUGGCUGCUCAGAAGAACUCUCAAACUGUGAACGCUUCGGUUGAUAACCUUCAGCGCUCUCUUCAAGCUGAACGGUCCAACCUUGAAGCUGUACGACAAGCAAUCGAAGCUGCCAAUGCCACUCUGCAUGAUAAUGUCAAUGAUCGCUUGACUCAACUGGAGGCAGAGUUGGCUGUGGAAAAUCGUAUCAUGGAUGAGCUCGACAAAAGAACCUCUCAGCUUAAGAUGCAGAACCUCAAGCUUCGCACUGCCACAGUUGAGCUCAAUGAUUUGAAAUCUGAGAGGGAGCCGAAACAAGGGGGAGAGAAGGUAGCCAAAACCCAACCUCCUCCUGAACCAAAACCAACUGCUGAACCGAAGGAUAAUGAAGCUUUGGUCAGUAAUAGAGACAAGAAGAAGAAGAAAUUUGGGGAGGAUGACAUUGAUAAUGAAGAAGAUGUUUAUGAAAAGGAUCCUGCUAAGCCUUUUCAGAAAACAAAAUCUUCUGAUAAAGAGCUUGAAGAAAAGUUUAAGAAACAAACGGCUAGCUAG